UCAACUUCUUUCUUAAAAAUCUCAAAAAAUAAAAAAUCCCAAAAUGGAAGGGUAUAAAUUUUUUAAGGAUUUUCGACGUUUUGUACCAUAUUUAGCCAUAGUAUUGAUGAUUUUUGGCAUACAAGUUUCAGGGCAAAUUACUACAGCAUGUAGUAGCGCGAUGCUAAGUAGCUUUAGCCCUUGUAUUAACUUCAUGAGCAAUAAUGGUUCAGGUUCACCAACUUCAGCUUGUUGUCAAUCUCUUAAGGAACUUACAGCCAGUGGCAAAGAUUGCCUCUGCCUUAUUGUUACUGGAAAUGUUCCUUUUAAAAUACCAAACAGAAACGUCGCGAUUUCCCUCCCCAAAGCUUGUAACAAAGAUAGUGUUCCCAUUGAAUGCAAAGGUUCUUCUACUCCUCUUCCAGCUCAAGGUCCAGCUGCCUUAUCACCAUCAGGAUCUCCACGAUUUCGAAAUCCUAGGCCACCUCAAGCUCCUAGCCCUGACGGUGACGAUGUUCCCGAGCCAUUCGAUCCUCCUUCGGGACCAGGAAGUGAUACAACACCAGGAUUAACACCACCAUCACCAACAGGCGGCGGAUUGGGAAAUCCUUACAAUGGAUUUUCACCUCCAUCUUUAACAGAUGACGGAUCUGGAAAUACUGAUACAGGAUCAGGAUUCAGGCCUAAUUUAACGCCUUCUUCUGCCCCGGAUUCACCGAGAUUUUCACCAUUUGUUGUUCUGGUAGCUUGUGGAGCAAUUGUUUUGAAGUUAUAAUGAAUUCAUUCUUAUAGUAUGUGAACAUUGUUUGCAAACAUUUUUUGUUGUUUCAUUUGUAAUCAAUUUGUACUAUCUGUAUAAUGAAAUUUUUUGGGAGUUUUGAAAUUUAUAUAUA